AUGAAUUGCAAAGAACGGCGUAACCUCUGCCGGGCCUUGGAACAGGCACAGUCCCAAACAAACGCAGAGGGCGCUGGUGAGGAGGUUCAGAAGGAGGCGGGUCCUUCCACUUCAAACAUGGUGGAGACACAGGUUCAACAAGAACAACCUGAAGUCCCUGAAGAAUCCACAAACCAGAAUCCAACUGAUCAAUCCCGAGAGGAAGAAAUAGACCGGCUAAAACUGCGUGUACAAAUAGAAUAUGAGGAGAGAAAAGAGAAAAGUGAUGUGUUCAGUGGCCUCCAGGAAAAGGCCCGGCAGUCGGUGCAGGACGAGAUUCAAAACCAGGCUACUGCCAACUCUUUCCUCCGCGGGCAAGUGGAAAGUGGAAAGAACCAGAACCAGACCGACCAGCUGGACAAACAGAAGCAGGAGCUGGAACGUGAAGUCUCGUCUCUGAAACAGGCUUUGAACACUGAGAAGAACAAAGUGGAAGCACUGGAAAGAGAGAGGCAGCAGCUGACAACAGAGGUGUCAGGCCCAAAGCAAGCUCUGGGUGAUUAUCAAACUCUGCAGCAGGAGAAGGUCGGCCUACAGUCUGCAGUGAAAGACCUGAGGUUAAACCUGAGCCAGGAGAAGGAAGUCACUGAUGUCCUCCGCUCCCGAGUGAAUGAUCUCAGCCAAAAGAUACAGGAGCAGGAGGAGAUAAGUCAGGCUUUGAACCAAAAAGUCCAAACACAGACGAGUACUUUCAGGAGUGCAAUCGAGAGAUGCCAAACUGCCAUCACUUGUGCUGUGGCUCAAAAAGAUCAACUCACAACGACUGUGGACAGCACUAAACAGGAAUUAGAGGCAUUGAGACUCAAGCACUCAGAUGAGAUGAGUGCAGAGCAGCAGCAGAGGAGCCUCCUGCAGGAGAGGAUUGAGGAGCUGUCAAAGGCUCUGAGCGCCACAGACCAGAACAACUCAGACCUGGAGAAGCAGAGACUGGAGCUGCAGGGAACUCUCAGAGCAAAAGAGGACGAGCUGCAGGAAACUCUCAGGGCAAAAGAGGAGGAGCCGCAGGGGACGCUCAGGGCAAAAGAGGAAGAGCUGCAGGAGACUCUCAGGGCAAAAGAGGAGGAGCUGCAGGGGACGCUCAGGGCAAAAGAGGAGGAGCUGCAGGAAACUCUGAAAGCAAAGGAGGAAGAGCUGCACCAUCAUCACCAGCUGGACCAUCACCAGUCUGAAGAGGAGGAGGAGGAGGAGGAGGUGGUUUUGCUGUGGCUUUUAAGUGCAAGACGAGGUAUUAGAGGUCCAGGCUCUAACACGGACCAGGACACAAUACGUCCUGAGGACUCAGUCCGGGCCGAUCAUGUUUUUCACAGGUCCUUGGACCAUCCCAGCUGUGAGGGAACAGCACUUGACACAGAGCUGCAUGGAGGCAUGGAGCUCUGCAGCAGCUGA